GACAAUUUCCAUACUAACACAUGUUUUUCUUGCGUAAAGCGUUAGUCAUUCUCCAGAAUUUCAUUCCAAAACAUCUCAAAACAACAAUGAGUAAAAUAGAAUCAGUUAUAUUUUCCAAUGGAAAUAAAAUUCCUGCCCUCGGAUUAGGAACUUGGAAAUCUAAAGGUGGUACUGCAGUCAACAUAAUUAAAGAUGCCGUUCGCAUAGGUUAUCGGCACAUCGACACUUCACCGGUUUAUGGCAACGAAAAAGAAAUCGGCCAAGCUAUCACAGAACUUGUUUCCGAAAAUGUUGUCAAACGCGAAGAUCUCUUCAUAACAAGUAAACUAUGGAACACUCGUCAUCGUCCCGAUCUUGUUGAAGAAGCAUUGAGAAAAACUCUAUCCGACUUGCAGACUACAUAUCUCGAUCUUUAUUUAAUACAUUGGCCCUUCGCUUUCAAAGAAUUGGAAGAACCAUUUCCAGAAGGUCCCGAUGGAAAAGUGCAAUUCAGCGACGUUGAUUACGUCGACACAUGGAAGGCGAUGGAGCAGCUUCAAGAAAAAGGUCUAGUAAGGAAUAUUGGUGUGAGCAACUUCAAUUCAAAACAACUUUCAAGGGUUCUUGAUAAUUGCAAAAUAAAACCAGUGACUAAUCAAGUCGAAUGCCAUCCUUAUUUACCACAAGUCAAGUUGUCUGAAUUUUGUAAGUCCAAGGAUAUCUUAAUUACGGCUUACAGUCCUCUUGGCUCACCGGACAGACCUUGGGCGCAGCCAGGCGAUCCUAGCUUAUUGGAGGAUCCCAAAGUUAAAGAGAUCGCAGCGAAAUACAAGAAAUCUACUGCUCAAGUUGUAUUACGAUAUCAGGUACAACGUGGUCAUAUAGUCAUUCCAAAAUCUGCUUCUAUAGUGAGAUUAGAAGAGAAUACAAAAAUAUUCGACUUUCAGUUGUCAGAAGAAGAUAUAAAACUAUUGCACACUUUUGAUCGAAAAUGGAGAGUUUGUCCCAUGAACAGCUCUGUGGAACAUAAAGAUUACCCAUUCCAUGACGAAUUCUAAGCAAUUCGAGAAUGCAAAUGAAAUCAAUUUUAUUUCAACGUUAUUUAAUGUUCUUUUUAAUUUUUUUAAAGUUAAUCUAAAUAGUUUUUCAAGUACUGUAACUUUUAAUUCAAAUGUCACGAUAUUAGGUUACAACGUUUAUUGUUGAUUGAGAUUUAAAAAUUAAAGUUGCAUAUAUUAUUAAAUUAAAAAGAUGUAUUAAAUAUUAAAGUUGUAAGUAUUAAAUAAAAAUAAA